AUGUCCAACGGACAAGUCGAAGGUCGCGUGGCUGUCAACGGUGGCCUGCGCGCUCUCGGAUUCGGCAUGGGCUCGCGCGUGGUGCCCUGCGACGCCUCGACGGCGGCCCUCGUGGUCGCCGGUGCCGACUCGAGGAUCAACUUCCAGGGCGGCCUCCAGUGCGGCAACCUGGUGGCCGAGCCGAGCGCACGCGUGACGGCCCUGCCCGUGUUCAACAGCGGCAACAAUGGGGUCGUGCGCGGCGACGUGUUCAGCCUCACCGGUCUGGAUUUCAUGGCCGAGGCCACUCGCGCGCAAGCGACGGCUGACGCCGUGUGCUCUGGCGGAGGCGCCGCUGCGACGGUGUCGCCGUGGCGCGAGAAAACCUUCCAAGGCGCCGCCGCGAGCGGCCCGCAGCAGUCGUUCGUCGCUCAGGCGGCAGACCUCAACCAGGCGUCGUCGGCCAGGUUCGUCUUCACGCAGCCGUCAGCUGUGGAGAGCAUCGUGGUGGCCGUGAUGGGCGGUCAAGUGAGCGGCGUGAGCCUGUCGAACUUCGGGAUCAACAACGGCGGAGUGUCGGGUGGGCGCAUCACGUUUGUGGUGUGCGAGGCGCCACGCGUGACCCUGCGCGGCUUCGGUCUCGAGGCCAAUCUGUUGGCUGUGGACUCGCAGGUGACGCUGGAGAACGGCCAGAUCACGGGCAGGGUCAUUGCACAGACCCUCACCGGCUCUGGCGGCAUACGUCUCGCCUGA